UAUUAUUUGUUGCUAAAUCAGUAAACAGUAAACAAGCAAAACCUAAACAACAUGUUGACCUUCGAAGAAAUCGUUGAAAAAGCCAAGGCCUUCACCAAAAAGCCAACCCAAGAAGAUUUCUUGGAAUUCUACGGUUACUACAAGCAAGCCACCGUUGGCGAUUGCAACACCGAUGAACCCGAAGAUGCCGUCCGCAAGGCCAUGUGGAACUCCUGGAAGGAAAAAGCUGGCAUGAGCGCCGAAGAUGCCAAGGCUAAAUACAUUGAAGUCUAUCACAAAUAUGCUCCCAAAUACGAAUAAAUCGUGGGU